UUUAUCCCCAGGUUUAUCGCUGACAGGCUGAAAGAGAACAUGAGCAGGGCAGAGAUGACACUAGAUGAGCUGCUGUCCUUCUCCUACUUUGAGAAGUCAUGGGCAAGCCCCACUCACUAUGGCUAUGGAGGCACCAUUAAUGACAUGAGGAAAAGAGAAUUCAGCAGAAUUGGAGAUAUGACUUAUCUUGAUCACGUUGGGGCAACACUUUUUCCCAAAAGCCUCCUGGAGAACUACAUGGCUGACUUGUCCGAAAAUGUUUAUGGGAACCCUCAUAGCCAAAACAUACGUAGCAGACUGACACAUGACACAAUUGAACAUGUACGAUACAGGAUACUUGAACAUUUCAACACAACUGCUGAAGAAUACACAGUCAUCUUUACAUCAGGAACCACAGCUGCUCUUAAACUGGUGGCAGAGACUUUUCCUUGGACAUCGGCAAAUCCAGACGGCACAGGCAGUCUGUUUUGCUACUUGACUGAUAAUCACACCUCUGUAGUAGGUAUGAGGGAGGUAACUAAAUUGCUGAAAGUACCAGCUAUUCCAGUAACACCUGAGGAUGUGUUGUUAUCAGAAAAGCAAACGUCAGAGACUGAAAUUAAGAAUCAGAGUGUAUCACAUCUAUUCUGUUAUCCAGCCUUAAGCAAUUCGUCAGGCACAAAAUAUCCCCUUUUCUGGAUAGAAAAGAUUAAAUCAGGAAAAAUGACUCUUCAGAAGGUACCAGGGAAUUGGUCUGUAUUACUGGACGCUGCUUCAUAUGUCUCCACAUCCCCGUUAGACUUGACAAUGCAUCAGCCGGAUUUUAUCACAAUAUCUUUUUAUAAAAUCUUUGGAUUUCCUACUGGUUUGGGUGCCUUACUUGUGUCAAACCAUAUAGCACCUCGUCUUCAGAAAAGAUAUUUUGGAGGAGGAACAGCUGCAGCUUAUCUUUCCGGAGAGGAUUUCUAUGUCCCCAAAUCAUCAAUAGCAGACAGAUUUGAAGAUGGAACAGUUUCAUUCUUGGAGAUAAUUGCGCUAAAGCAUGGGUUUGAUACUCUGGAGCGACUUACAGGUGGAAUGAAGAAUAUUAGAAAUCAUACCCAUGCUUUGGCUAGCUACACUUGCUCAGUACUGUCUGCCUUGCGUUAUGCUAAUGGGCAGCGUGUAAUACAUAUCUACAGUGACACCGAGGUUAGAACUUGGGAUGUGCAAGGCCCAAUCAUUAAUUUUAAUGUGCUGGAUGAAAAUGGAAGCAUAAUUGGCUACACUCAGGUUGACAAGAUGGCUAGUCUGUAUAAUAUCCAUUUCCGUACUGGAUGCUUCUGCAAUUCCGGAGCCUGCCAAAAACAUCUAAGAAUCAGCAAUCUUGGUGUCAAGAAAAACCUGCAGGCAGGGCAUGUAUGUGGUGACGACAUGGAUUUAAUUGAUGGACGACCCACGGGAUCAAUCAGAAUAUCUUUUGGCUUUAUGUCGACUUUUGAAGAUGCUAAAGUAUUCUUGAAGUUUAUAGUGGACUCUUUCAUAAAACAACCCUCUCAGAGUGCUGUAAAAUUGGUUGUUGAACCAUUGCUUAACAGAUCGGGGCCACCAAAAUUACACAAUAACAAACAGCAAACUGGUAGUCUUUCUUAUGGAAUCAUAGCAGACAACACCAGGCAACCUGGACCUCAACCCUUUACAGAUGUAUUGAUAACAGGAAGAAAUUGUUUGUGUAAGACCCGGGAGGCUGCAUCACUGCAAAGAAAUGUCAAACCCAUCACACUCACUCACAUUUAUCUUUAUCCAAUAAAAUCCUGUGCAGCAUUCCAGGUUUCACAAUGGCCUAUAGCUGAGCAAGGUCUGCUCUUUGAUCGACACUGGAUGAUAGUGAACGAGAAUGGAGUUUGUCUCAGUCAGAAGCAGGAACCCAGUUUGUGUCUCAUACAGCCAUCUAUUGAUCUUAACAGAAGUAUCAUGAUCAUUGAGGCAGAAGGGAUGGCUGCCAUAGAAAUACCCCUGAAUGAUGACAGCAGCAAAGUGACAGCUCAUGCAUGUCAAAACAAAGUUUGUGGAGAUAGAGUUAACACAUAUGAUUGUGGAGAGCAAAUUGCCAACUGGCUAUGUUGUUUCCUUAAUCGCAAGUGCCGAUUAAUAAGGCAGUCAUCAAGUUUCAUCCGGUAUGCUCAUACAAAGACGAAAGAUGCAUCUUUAGCCUCACUUUCUCUAGUCAAUGAAGCUCAAUAUCUUCUUGUAAACACGGCCAGUAUUUUCCACCUCAGUCAGUUAAUGGUAUUAAGAGGUGAGAUUGAAAACAUGAAUGUUAAGGGGCUGAUCCAGCGUUUCCGAGCCAACCUAGUAAUUGAUGGCAACAUACCAUUUGAAGAAGAAGCAUGGUCAGAAGUUUUCAUUGGUUGUUUGCAUUUUAAGCUGUUAGGUAAAUGUACCAGGUGUCAAAUAAUCUGUAUCGACCAGCAGACUGGUGAAAAAAAGCGAGAAUUAUUACAGACGCUGUCAUUCUGCAAAGAUGGGAAGACAACAUUCGGAAUGUAUCUACAGAAUUCCUCCUGUUCUUCCUAUCCAACUAUGCUGGCAGUUGGUUCACUGGUAUUACCUACUCUAAAAGACUUCACAGAAGAACUCUGAUCCAGCAAGAUGCAACUAAUAUAGACAUUUUAAAAACUUGGAAAAGUGUCUGAAUGUACUUUUGGAGAUAGACAUACUGUUGGCUAAGAAUACAUGCAAGUUUUUAAGGGACUUGGGGUUUAUAUAGCAAUGCUCUGGAGCUCAAAGCAAACUUGGAAUGCUAAGUAUCUUACUCAUUUUACAAUACUAGUAAGUUAUUGUGUCUCGACACGCUUAUUAACAAUUAUAUAAAUGUGUUAGUAGUCAAGCUGAGACAAUCUUUACAUUUAGACUUGUUUUUAGCUUUUUAGAAUAUACGUAGUUGCAAGUUUUAGCAAGGUCAUCUUGUGGUUUUGUGUCUUCCAUUUGAAUGAACUAUUGAUGAAAGACCAUUGUCAAGAAGAUGUAGGAACCCUGUCAUGUCAUGUGUAUGUGGCUUUGCAAAAUGUUUUACUAGCUGGUGUUUUGAAUUUUAAAAAAGCUAAGGUUAUAUACAAAUAAAAUACGCUUAAUGUGGUUUUAUUGAAA